AGACAGGGUGGUACUUCGAAAGCUAUCGCGAGAAACGGAAGAUGAUUUCUUUAGUGACUGUUGAGUCUGAUUUUCUGUUUGCUGUAGCCUACAACAAGCCUGGUCAUUAUAUUUUACACUCUUCAUACAGGAGCCAAAUGGCUAGGGUAGAACUCACACCGCUGAGACCUUGGGACGAUUAUUUCCCAGGUUCCGAAAGAUUUGCUAAACCAGACGCGAGAGAUUUACCUAGAUGGAACAACAGGGUUGUCAACAACUUGCUUUACUAUCAGACAAACUAUUUUGCGAUGGCUAUCAUUGUUUUCCUUAUUGUGGGGUAAGUAGCAUGAGACACUGUCCACAAUUUGUAUCGAGAACAUAACAUCUCUGGUGUGUCAUGCUACACUCUGGUGGAAAUAGGCUAUGUGGCAUGUUAAAGGUGCAAAAAGCAGAAAUCACACACAGCCAUUUCCUGGUUGCUAAAAUUCUAAUAGUUUGCCUAAUUUCAGAUUAUGUGAUAAAACAAGCAAUGUAUAGUGUCGAGAAUCAUUGUAGCUUCAAAACUGCUGUACAAUAUAUUUUCAAUACCAGGAAAUAUGAUUUUCAGCUGUUUGAAGCUUCUGUACAAAGUCGAAAGUAAAAGACAAACUAAACAUAAGAAAGAGAAGCAUAGAAAUAGUGCACAUUUAAUAGAUAUACUGCUUCUUAGACUUGUUCUAUAACUCACAUUUGUAUGUGAAUCUGGUCGUCGCCCAAAAAGUUACAUAUUGCAGCUUUAAGUGUUGGGAAAUCUGCUUUACUGUAGUCCACCAUCACCAGUUAUAACAGUUGACAUCUAUUAAAACUACAAUCUGGGAUUCGUUUUUCAGCUAAAUGACAGCCCGCUCCUUGUUUUGGUAUACAUUGUUUGGUUUUUCUUGUUUGUUUGUUUGUGUGUGUGUGUGUGAACAAUGGAGUAUAUGUUGGGUUAUGAUAGGGUAAAACAGUUGUGCUAUUGAGCUGAGCCAUUAAUAAGUUCUUCAAGAAUAAUUCUCAUUGGGUAUAAAUGGCCAUUAAACAGAUUCCCAGAUCCCAGAUCGCACCUUUAACUGAUGCCUGAAAUUAAAGUUGGGUCUCAUUGGCUAAUUAUGGAUGCAGGGACUCACUUUAAAGUCUAAACAUAGUGCCAUAACAGCUGCUAUAGGCAGAUCCUAUGUUGCUACCAUGCAUGAUGUUGGCGCUUUAUUCUGUCUUACAGUUCACCUGAAUAAGCUUUCUCUUUCCAUUGCCAAAUCGGAAGGUUGGCACCUUGCUAGGCCUAUUUAUGACUAAUGCCAAGGGAGACAGAGAGCAUGAUUUGUCAACCGAAGCCUCCAGACUUAUUUUGAGCAUAGAGGAUGUGGGCACGCUUCACAGGUUGAGAGACUCAUGUCUUGCAUCCUGCUGAAGCUCUUCUUGAAAAUAAUAAUACUUUAUUUAACUUGUAUAGCACUUUUCAUUACAGAAAAUAAUCUCAAAGUGCACAAAAAGCAAAGAAACAACACUUUGAAAUUGAGAUGAUGAAGUUGGAGACUGAAUGUCUCUAGUUGGCUUUGGAUGAUGGAAAGGCCGGGAGUUGAGGUAGUUUGGAUUGGACAUGCAGUGUAGCUUCAGCGGAGGGCGCAUUGGUGGUACAGCCAAGAAGAAACAAAGACAGUCUGAAAAACAGGCCUGGAGCUCUUCAUCAGUGCACCACGCCUGUUCCUCCAAACGUCGCUCCUCCGUAGGUACUGGUCCUCCAUUGCCGAACAUGUAGCACCCACCUUGGUGAUGCCAUGGCUGCUGAAAAGCACACAAAAAGCCACCAUAUCUUGGCAGUGGUUAAUCUCUGGACACAGCGUGCAGUCCUUGUUGUAGUUAUUCCCGACAGAUUCCCACAAAUGGCGGUAUCCUGUCAUGACUGCAUAACUAACAAUUGAUCACCAAAAUCACUAUAGAGGAAGGGGAAUUACUUUAGAAAUGUGGAGUCAGUUUUUCAAAAAAAUAGUCAUCUUUUGGCUAGGCCUACUUGAUUAUGAUGACACACCAUUGCUAUGGUAGUCAACUACUAGGCCCCUAAUCCCUGCUCACUUAUCAGCUGCUGUUCUAGAUAACAGGGAUAUGAGAGACAGCUGUCCUUAUUCACUGGAGGUUGGGCAAAGUUCACUAUUGGAGUCUGGAGACAUAACGUCCAGGAGUCAUAUGAUCUAAAACAACACUCUUGAAUGAAGUUUGAGACAAAAUGAUAACAUUCCUAACAUUGCACCAUAGGGCUACAGUGGGGAAAAAAGUAUUUAGUCAGCCACCAAUUGUGCAAGUUCUCCCACUUAAAAAGAUGAGAGAGGCCUGUAAUUUUCAUCAUAGGUACACGUCAACUAUGACAGACAAAUUGAGAAAUAAAAACCCAGAAAAUCACAUUGUAGGAUUUUUAAUGAAUUUAUUUGCAAAUUAUGAUGGAAAAUAAGUAUUUGGUCACCUACAAACAAGCAAGAUUUCUGGCUCUCACAGACCUGUAACUUCUUCUUUAAGAGGCUCCUCUGUCCUCCACUCGUUACCUAUAUAAAUGGUACCUGUUUGAACUUGUUAUCAGUAUAACAGACACCUGUCCACAACCUCAAACAGUCACACUCCAAACUCCACUAUGGCCAAGACCAAAGAGCUGUCAAAGGACACCAGAAACAAAAUUGUAGACCUGCACCAGGCUGGGAAGACUGAAUCUGAAAUAGGUAAGCAGCUUGGUUUGAAGAAAUCAACUGUGGGAGCAAUUAUUAGGAAAUGGAAGACAUACAAGACCACUGAUAAUCUCCCUCGAUCUGGGGCUCCACGCAAGAUCUCACCCCGUGGGGUCAAAAUGAUCACAAGAACGGUGAGCAAAAAUCCCAGAACCACACGGGGGGACCUAGUGAAUGACCUGCAGAGAGCUGGGACCAAAGUAACAAAGCCUACCAUCAGUAACACACUACGCCGCCAGGGACUCAAAUCCUGCAGUGCCAGACGUGUCCCCCUGCUUAAGCCAGUACAUGUCCAGGCCCGUCUGAAGUUUGCUAGAGUGCAUUUGGAUGAUCCAGAAGAGGAUUGGGAGAAUGUCAUAUGGUCAGAUGAAACCAAAAUAGAACGUUUUGGUAAAAACUAAACUCGUCGUGUUUGGAGGACAAAGAAUGCGGAGUUGCAUCCAAAGAACUCCAUACCUACUGUGAAGCAUGGGGGUGGAAACAUCAUGCUUUGGGGCUGUUUUUCUGCAAAGGGACCAGGACGACUGAUCUGUGUAAAGGAAAGAAUGAAUGGGGCCAUGUAUCGUGAGAUUUUGAGUGAAAACCUCCUUCCAUCAGCAAGGGCAUUGAAGAUGAAACGUGGCUGGGUCUUUCAGCAUGACAAUGAUCCCAAACACACCGCCCGGGCAACGAAGGAGUGGCUUCGUAAGAAGCAUUUCAAGGUCCUGGAGUGGCCUAGCCAGUCUCCAGAUCUCAACCCCAUAGAAAGUCUUUGGAGGGAGUUGAAAGUCCGUGUUGCCCAGCGACAGCCCCAAAACAUCACUGCUCUAGAGGAGAUCUGCAUGGAGGAAUGGGCCAAAAUACCAGCAACAGUGUGUGAAAACCUUGUGAAGACUUACAGAAAACGUUUGACCUGUGUCAUUGCCAACAAAGGGUAUAUAACAAAGUAUUGAGAAACUUUUGUUAUUGACCAAAUACUUAUUUUCCACCAUAAUUUGCAAAUAAAUUCAUUAAAAAUCCUACAAUGUGAUUUUCUGGGUUUUUAUUUCUCAAUUUGUCUGUCAUAGUUGACGUGUACCUAUGAUGAAAAUUACAGGCCUCUCUCAUCUUUUUAAGUGGGAGAACUUGCACAAUUGGUGGCUGACUAAAUACUUUUUUCCCCCACUGUAUGUCAAAAUUACUUGCUGUAUAAAAGUCCCUCUCAUCCUUCAGUGGGCUAUUCUUUUGCAGAAUAACUUCUGUAACAUGUCACCAUAGUCUUUGAAAUUAUUAAUGAAAAAUGUUUUGUAUAAAUAUUUGCAUUGGGGUUAAAAAGUCAUGUUGAUGUGUUGACAACCUGUCACCACUAGAUGGUAUCCAUGACUACAUGAAAUAUAAACUGUUACACACACACACACACACACACAGACAUCUCAUUAUGUUGUGGUGUGUGUGUUUCCCUGCAGGUUCCUCAACCCUAUGGGGAUGUUCAUGGGCAUGGCGGUGGUGUCGCUGGUCUUCCUGGGUUCAGUGUGGGCUGGAGAGAAUAAGGCCAUGGUCAAGGACUUUAAGAGGCAGAACCCCACAUUAUUUGUCAUGGCAGUGAUGGUCGCCAGCUACUUUCUUAUGUCUCUCUUCGAUGGCGUCAUGGUCUUCAUGUUUGGGAUCACAUUUCCUAUUCUCUGUAAGUUUAAGGGUUUGGUAUUAAAUGUUUCUUCAAGCUACACCACAAUUAUGCCAUUGGUAAAUAAAUGGUCAAACUUGAAUUGAAGUUAUUCCAAUUUGAAAGGCUCCACAUAGAUUAUCCUGGAGGUAUUAAUUACAUUGGUGUUUUUACAUUAGUGCAAAUUAAGGGUAUUCAUCUGUUUCUAUAUAUUUUGACUUCAGUGAUCUUUGCACACGCCUCACUUCGCCUUCGCAACAUGAAGAAUAAACUGGAGAAUAAGAUUGAGGGGGCGGGGCUGAAGAAGUCGCCAAUGGGUAUUCUACUGGAGGCGCUGGGCCAGCAGGAAGAGAGCCUGCAGAAGAUCCAGGAAUUCCUAGAGGGUAAACCCAAGGAAGGAUAAGAACUCUACACAGAAAACAAACAACACACACGCCACAGUCCCUGUGUUGUUGUAGGUCCCCUAUCAGCCUCCCUGGCCUCUGAUGAAUGGAAACGCAUUCCUUUGCACACCCCCUUUAAUGUGCAGUCUCAAUGCAUUCAGUCAAUGUUGGAAAGAAAUGAUUGUAAUACAUGUUUGAAAACUUCAGCUACAAACCGUAUAGCCUAUCUCACAUGCAGGUGUAUGUGUGUUUGUUGGUUUAGCCUAGAGAACAUGUGUUGAAAACCCAAGCUUUAGUUUUACUUCAGGAUAUUUGUUACUCCACCCAGAACUUCUCAGAACACUUCUUUCAAGUUGUGAUGACAGCAUCUCGAUACUGUCUCACAUCCUUGCUAUGCAAUUUUGCAAACAAGUUGCAAAUUAGUAUUCCUUCUUGAAUGUAUUUAUUGUGUGUGUAGGUGGGCAAAUGUUUUGAAAUCCCAUAUGCAAUAUUUACACAACCUAUUUAUACUUUGUGACUUUUGUAAAUAUAACGAGUGAAAACAUUUUGGUGUUAAAAGCACAACUGUUACCUGACAGAUUGAGGUCACCUGGUUUGAAAAAAAUAAACAAACAGAACUAUGUUUUAUUGAAUUCAAAUUAAGCAGUAGUGAAUUCUCUCUGAAGUGUAUUGAUGCAAACAUUGCAAUAUGAAACAUUCUGAUUUGUGGAGAGUAGAACAUUAUUACCUUUAUUUCUAAGCUUUACUGCCUUUCUUAUUGGCUACCGUUCUCAACAAAGGAUCUGAAGGUAAAUCUAUGCUUAAUUAUUUUCAAUUAAGAGAAACAACUGACAGGCUUGCCUAUGAAUGAGAGGUUGUGAAAUCACUAUGGAUUAUUAGUUAUUAAUUAUUGUGUCAAAUAAAUAUGUCACUGCCAAACUAUUCUGAAG